AUGAAGAAGGAAAACCAGUCCUCUACCUUGUGUUUCAUCCUUCUGGGAGUUAGCAGCCAGCAGGCUCAGGAAGAUUUCUUCUUCAUCCUCUUCCUCUUCAUCUACCCCAUCACAAUGAUGGGAAACCUACUCAUCAUCUUAGCCAUUCAUUCUAAUGUUCACCUCCACAACCCUAUGUACUUUUUUCUUGCCAACCUCUCCCUCAUUGACAUCUUUUUCUCAUCUGUAACCGUUCCUAAGAUGCUCACGAACCAUCUUUUGGGCAGCAGAGCCAUCUCCUUCAGGGGUUGCAUUACACAAAUGUAUUUCAUGAUUUCCUUGGCUAACACUGACAGCUUCAUCUUAGCUGUGAUGGCAUACGAUCGGGCUGUAGCCAUUAGCCACCCUCUUCAUUGCACAACAAUUAUGAACCCAAGGACUUGUUUCCUGCUUAUUGUUGGGUCUUGGAUGAUUGGAAUUGCCAGUUCCCUCCCCCACACUCUACUCACAGCUGGUCUGUCCUUCUGUGGCAACCAGGAAGUGGCCAACUUCUACUGUGAUAUUAGCACUUUGCUCAAGUUGUCUUGUUCUGGCAUCCAAUUUAAUGUGAAGAUGAUGUACCUAGGGGUUGGGAUUUUUUCCUUGCCAUUAAUAUGCAUCAUCAUCUCCUAUGUUCGGGUCUUCACCACUGUGUUACUGGUUCCAUCCACCAAGGGUGUGCUCAAAGCCUUCUCCACCUGUGGCUCCCACCUCACAGUUGUUUCUUUGUAUUAUGGGACAGUGAUGGGCAUGUAUUUCCACACUCUGACCAGUCACAGCCUGGAGGAUGCAGUGAUAACUGUGAUGUAUUUGGUAGUGAUCCCAAUGUUAAAUCCUUUCAUCUAUAGUCUGAGAAACCAGGACAUGAAGGCUACCUUGGGGAAGCUCUUCAGCAAAAGAAUUUCCUCAUGGUGA